CGUAUACACACAGAGGAAAUGGCAGUACUCUUAGGCACCUACUCGCUUCCAAUGAUCUUGGUCAGCGCUUUCAUCUUAGCUCUAACAUACAUCACAUACAAACUGCUAGGUGACUAUGUUUCCAAGUAUAUCACUAUGAAGCCCAUUCCUGAGAUGGGGACAACAUUCCCCAUCAUUGGAAAUGCACACCAGCUGAAAACCGACUCAGAAGCAUUCUUUAACCAGGUGGUGGACCUCAGUAACCAAUUCUACACACUACCAAUGUAUAAGAUUUGGAUUGGAACUGUCCCUUUUGUCAUCCUGUACCAUCCUGACACUGUUGAGGCCAUUCUGAACAACCCCAUCCACAUGGACAAAGCUCACGCAUACACCUUCCUCCACCCCUGGCUUGGGACAGGUCUGCUCACAAGCACUGGCACCAAAUGGCGACAGAGGAGGAAGAUGCUGACCCCAACCUUCCACUUCUCUAUUCUGACUGACUUCCUGGACGUGAUGAAUGAGCAGGCUGAGAUCCUGGUGGAGAAGCUGCAGAAGAAGGCUGGCAAGGGAGUGUUUAACUGCUUCCCUGACGUCACCCUGUGUGCUCUGGACAUUAUCUGUGAAACUGCCAUGGGAAAGAAAAUCUAUGCUCAGAGCAAUUCUGAGUCUGAGUAUGUCAAGUGUGUGAACAAAAUGAGUGACAUUGUGAGUCGAAGACAGAGGGCUCCCUGGUUUUGGUCAGAUUCUCUAUACUAUAUUAUUGGAGAUGGCAAAGAACACGACAAGACACUGAAAGUUCUCCAUUCCUUCACAUACAAAGUAAUAAAUGAGAGAGCAGAGAACAUUUCCAACAUUGAAUCAGACAGUGAGACAGACGGAAAGAAGAGGCGAGCGUUCCUGGACAUGCUCCUGAAGACCACAGAUGAAGAGGGACACGGCCUGAGCCACAGGGACAUUCAGGAGGAGGUGGACACCUUCAUGUUUGAGGGUCAUGAUACCACGGCUGCUGCCAUGAACUGGGCUCUACACCUGCUGGGCUCCCACCCCGAGGUGCAGCGUAAAGUGCACCAAGAGCUGGACGAGGUGUUUGGGACAUCAGAGAGGCCCAUAAACAUGGAGGACUUAAAGAAGCUCAGGUACCUUGAGUGUGUGAUCAAAGAGGGACUUCGGCUCUACCCCUCCGUCCCUUUCUUUGCCCGACGCAUUUGCCAGGACACUACCAUCAAAGGCUAUAAAGUUCCCAAAGGUUCCAACGUCAUACUCUUCGCAUAUGUGCUGCAUCGAGACCCACGUUACUUCCCAAAUCCGGAGGAGUUCAGACCAGAGCGAUUCUUCCCAGAAAACUCAGUGGGACGACCUGCAUACGCCUACAUACCCUUCUCUGCAGGACUACGCAACUGCAUUGGCCAGCGUUUUGCCCUGAUGGAGGAGAAGGUGGUGUUGGCGUCCAUAUUGAGGAGCUUCACUGUGGAGGCGUGUCAGAAACGAGAGGAACUACGUCCAGUAGGAGAACUCAUCCUACGUCCAGAGAAGGGCAUUUGGAUUAAACUCGAGAGAAGGACUCCAGGAGCCUCUGCACAAUAACUUUUACUGUUUUUCUUGCCCAAUGCUUUGUAUUUAUCUAACAGAAUUAAUACAUAAAUAAACCUUGGUCACUUCAAUCUGCAUUUUCAUACAGCUUAUAAAUCACGAUCUAAUGUCAGCUGUAAACUACCGAUAUUUAUUAUUUUUGGACACACUUUCCAUUUAUGUUUUUUAUUUUUUAUUUUCAUGACGAUUUACAUUGUAGAUUCUCAUUGAAAGCACCAAAAGUAUGAAUCAACACGUACAGAAUGCAGUAAACAAAUGAUGAAUUCAAAAUUACUGAAAACUUAACAAGAGCCACACUUUGUUUUGAUCACUACUUUGCACUUUUGGCUUUUCUUGACCCUGACAAGGCACAGGCGUGAAGUGAAAAAAUAUUUUGUUGAGUUA